UCAAAAAGAAUGGAGAAAGGAAAUUAUUCCCUAGUGACUGAGUUCAUCCUCAUAGGGCUAACAGACCAGCCUGAAGUUCAACUGCCCCUCUUCUUCCUCUUCCUAGGGAUUUUUGUGAUCACAGUGGUGGGGAACCUGGGCAUGAUAACAUUGAUUAGACUCAGUCCUCAUCUUCACAACCCCAUGUAUUAUUUCCUCUGCAGUUUGUCCUUCAUUGAUCUCUGUCAGUCAACUGUCAUUACUCCCAAAAUGCUGAUGAACUUUUUAUCAAAGAAAAACACCAUCUCCUACCCUGAAUGCAUGACUCAGUUCUAUUUUUUUGCCUUUUUUACAAUUUCUGAAUGUCAAAUGUUGGCUGUGAUGGCAUAUGAUCGCUAUGUUGCUAUAUGUCAUCCCCUUCUUUACAGUCUUAUAAUGUCUUAUCAAGUGUGCUCCUGGUUGGUGGGUGGGGUGUAUGCAUUGGGCCUCACUGGGACCACAGCUCACACAGGCUGCUUGCUUAGAGUGCUCUUCUGUAAGGAAAAUGCCAUUAAUCAUUACUUCUGUGAUCUCCUUCCACUCUUGAAGCUCUCUUGUUCUAACACAUAUGUCAAUGAAGUGGUGGCUCUGGCCUUCAGCACAUUUAAUAUCCUUUUCCCAACCUUGACAAUUAUUUGCUCUUAUGUUUUGAUUAUGGCUAGCAUUUUAAAAAUUCAAUCCACUGAAGGCAGAUCAAAAGCCUUCAGCACCUGCAGCUCCCAUAUUGCAGCAGUUGGCAUCUUCUUUGGGUCCCUUACAUUCAUGUACCUGCAGCCAUCUUCGGUCAGUUCCAUGGAUCAGGGGAAAGUGUCCUCUGUCUUUUACACUAUCAUAGUGCCCAUGCUAAACCCCCUCAUCUACAGUCUGAGAAAUAAGGAUGUCAAAAUUGCCUUGAAGAAAGUGAUAAAAAAAGAAUAUUCUAUUGAAAAGAGCAAUAUCUGA